UCUCUCUCUCUCUCUCUCUCUCUCUCUCUCUCUCUCUCUCUCUCUCUGUGUGUGUGUCUUUCUUGCUGGUUUUCUUCAUACCCAGUUCAGAGUCAUCUCACUCUAACUCAGCUAACCAAUUAAGGAAAUGGCGUCCAAGCAACCAAUCGGCUACAAGUGUCGCAUAGCAGGCGUGCUGCUCCUGCUGUUGGCCAGCAUCGCCGCCCUCGUUGCUGUUGCUGUCAUCCAGGACACCUGGGCGUUAACAGAGUACAGCCUAGAACAGUACGGGAUCGUGAUAGAUUCGGGUUCAUCUCGGUCCAGUGUGUACCUCUACAAGUGGCCCGGGGAGAAGCAGAAUGAAACAGGAGUAGUGACGGAGAUACUGAACUGUAAAGUUGAAGGUGAUGGGAUCUCCGAGAUGAAAGUUGAUCCUCAGAAAGAUGAAGAGUCAUGGAGAGCAUUCCAAAAGUGCAUGGCCCAAAUCACCACGGCCAUUCCCGCUGAAAAACACAAAACCACACCCUUGUUUCUCGGAGCCACAGCUGGGAUGAGACUGCUGCAUCAGCUGGAUAAGCAGAGAUCCAAUGAAAUCCUGGCAAGUCUCAGAAAAUACCUGAGCUCCCUGCCCUUCGACUUCCACAACGCCUCCAUCAUCACAGGUCAAGAGGAAGGUCUAUAUGGGUGGAUCACCGUCAACUACCUCAUGGGAAACUUCCUGGAGAAAGACUUGUGGAACACCUAUAUGCUCCCAGAGGGGGCAAAGACAGUCGGAUCCAUGGACCUCGGUGGAGCAUCGACCCAAAUCGCCUUCGCAGUCCAGGACGAUCUCAAAGGGCUUGACUACAUGUCCAUCAAACUGUACGGAUACCCUUACAAUGUCUACACUCAUAGUUUCCUCUGCUACGGCAAGAAUGAGGCUGAUAAGAGAGUUCUGGACAAAAUAGUACAGGAAUCACGUGACCCAGCAUACAUUCUGAACCCCUGCCUCCCUGAAGGUUUCAACAUCACCAUGAAGGCCUCAUCCAUCUAUGACACAGAGUGCACCAAGAAGCCAGCAAACUACAACCCAGACCAGGAUCUCUUCAUGGUGGGAGCCCCUGACUCAGACAAGUGCGGAAGCAUGGUCAAGUCAUUAUUUGAUUUCAAGACCUGUUCCUCAGCCCACUGUUCCUUCAACGGGGUUGAGCAGCCGCCAGUCACCGGAGAGUUCAUGGCGUACGCUGGAUUCUUCUACAUUAAGCGGGGUCUGCACUGGAAUGGCUCUUUAGAUUUCGAUCAGUUCAACUCGUUGGUUAGGGAAUUCUGCCACAUGAAUUGGACAGAGCUGAAAAAAGAAAAACACUGGAUCGAUGACAAACACUUGAGGACUUACUGCCAUGGAGCUCACUACGUCUUCACUCUGCUGACAGACGGUUACAAGUUUGACAACGAGACGUGGAAAGGCAUCAGCUUUCAAAGACAGGUGAAGGACACCAGCGUGGGUUGGAGUUUGGGCUACAUGCUGAGUAUGUCCAACAUGAUCCCAUCUGAAGUGAAACACAUCACACCUCUGACCAACCCUGUAUUUGCCAGCCUCAUCUUUUUAUUUUCAGCUCUAACCAUCGUGAUGGUUAUCAUAGCUUUCAUCAUCCUCAUUCGCACCUGCUACUGAGAGCCAAUGUUACAAAGGAAAUGAUCUGCCAUUCAAAGCCUGGGGAUUGCUGUAAUCCCGUAGGUAACAGGAGAUCGUUACAGCUACUAAGUCUGAGACGUUUACUAAAAAUUAAAAUGCAGUUCAUUUUGUACCUCAGGGAAAAGUAUUGGGUCCUUUUUCGUGCUCCACUAAAGGGUGUUCUCGAUGGCGUUUCACAUUGUGUCAUUUCAAAUUUGCAUAAUGUUAAAGUGAGACUGGUAUGUGCAUUCAACUUAGUGUGCUCACAUGCACACACAGAUCCCUCAGGCAAAAAAGCAUGUCAAACUCCUUCUGCUAACAAAUACAUUCCGUUCCUGUAUUAUACAUGUAAUUGCACUAAAUGCAUUCGCUUCACCUCUGAAACGGUAGCACUGCUGCAGCCUUACUGUUCUUAUUGUAACAGUUCUCCAUAUUUACUGAAUGAAAUCCUCCCUAAUAAAUAAUGGAAUGAAUGUGAAAUUUGCCCUUGUUUUCUUAUGAUCAUGCAAAUCAAAUAAAUUAAGUCAUAGCAUUUUAUACAUUCUAUUUGCAAACAUUUAAAAGAUUUGAAUGCAAGAGGAAGUUCGGGACAUUUAUUGCUACAACAUUAAGUGUUUUCUCAAUAAAAAUAUUCUGUACUUAAAGCAACAUUGUUCAUUGUUAAAUCUGAUUAAUUUCAAUAUUUCAAAUGUUUUAUGUUUAAUGUCAGUUACACUCUAUUCUGUUUACACUGUAUAUAUUUUUGUUAUUUUUAUAUUUCUUUUUGUUUGAAUUGUCCCUGUUUUUUAUAUUUCCAUAUGUUUAAACUGCAUGUUUACUUAUUUAUCGCCUGUGGUAUCCCCUUUUACCAUUGUAGGACUAAUAAAGGAAUAUCUUAUCUCA